GCUGCAGACGGUUUGCAUAUCAGGGGUGGGGUCUGUCCCACCAUUGGUCUGAGGGGAAGAAAUAAUUAGCAAGGGGAUAAGCAGAGAAGUUCACAGGCAAUGGUUCUGGCCUACAGGAAGAGAAAAAUAAUAAAAAGCAGCACGCGGACUGUGACAGAAGAGUCAGGCCAGUAACCUAAACUCCGAUUGGAACAGCCUCACGCUUUCUUGAGCUCCAUUUCAAGUAAACACCAAACGACUGAGAGGACAUUUGUGGGCACUUGAGUCUGGAAACUUGCGGUUUGAAACCAGAGCAGACGUCCCGAUCCCCCACCCCAGGGUGUAAGACUCAAGAUUUCCCCCCCCCCCCCCUUCUGGCCUCUCCCUUCUCCCCAUCAGCUGUCCCUCUCAAUCCCUCCUCAGAAAAUCCCAACAGCAGCCUGCUAUGGCGGAAACGACAAGUCCAGCCAUUCCAGAAGUUUCUGCCACUCAAGCGAACUUCCAGGUCAACACAGAGACAAUGGCAAACCUCCUCAGCACCGCUGAAAUACCUACGACCUGGAAAUCCUCCGCCGUUUAUCCUCUGUCCAAAGCUGAAAUACCUACGACCUGGAAAUCCUCCACCGUUUAUCCUCUGUCCAAAGCUGAAAUACUUACGACCUGGAAAUCCUCCACCGUUUAUCCUCUGUCCAAAGCUGAAAUACCUACGACCUGGAAAUCCUCCACCCUUUAUCCUCUGUCCAAAGGUCUGGACGAGUCCACCACAGCCAUUCAUGUAGUAGGUGCUGAUGUAGAAGAUGGAGCCUUCAAUGCCGUCCUGGUAGGUGUCAUCGUUGCGGUGAUCUUGGUGCUGUUCUGCCUGGUCGCCGUGCUCCUCCGGUACAUCUAUCGGCACAAGGGAACCUACCACACCAACGAGGCCAAAGGCACGGAGCUCGCCGAGGACGCCGACGCGGCGCUGAAGAGAGAUCCAGUACUGCAGGAGUCCGUGGACGACGGCAACAAGGAGUACUUCAUUUAAAAUGGCAUGCCCUAACCCUGAACCGGAGACUUAACCUGUGCCUCAGCCCAUUGCAAGGCUAUGAGGAAAAUAAAUUCCAAAUUGCCAUUGGAUUUCACAAAUUGAA